GAUUCCGGCUGCGCUGGGAGCCAGGGCCCGCGCGCGCCGCUCGUCCCGGGCUGGCUGAGGAAUGACAAGUGACAGGCGGCUCCCGACCCCAAAUGUCAGCGCUCACACUUGAGCGGGCAGCGUGUCCCGUCGGCGCCGGGCCCCUCGCGGCCAGCUGUCCCCAUGGAAACGGGCUGGACCGGCUGGACCCGGCCAUUCCCGCCGUGCCCCAUCCCGGGAUGGCGUCAAUCCCGCCGCACGACGGCUCCUGGCAAAACCCAGGCGGCUCUGCCCCGGUCCUGGAGGUUUUCCAGGCAGCUUUUCCUCAUUGUGGAGCGCCCGGCUGUGGGCCGGGAUGUCCCGAGGGGAAAGGAUCCCGAGCAUGGGACGCUCCCAAGCCUUUUCCUCCGGGAACUCGUAAUCCUGGAGGAUUAUUUGGCAGCCGUGUGGCGCCUCAUCUUCCCAAAGCCCCGCACGAGCGCUAAGCAUCAUUAUCACCGUGAUGAUUAAUUAUUAUUAAGCAGAUUCCAGCCCGUCCCCGCUCCGCUGCCAACCUCGCUGCUUUCCCAGCCUCGGAGGAGCUGAACGAACCCACGGCAUCUCCAGAGCUCCUUCCCAUUCAAAAUCCCAGAGUUUUACCCUUCGGACUGGGAGCAGUCGCAUCAGGAGCGGCUGGGAUGUGUGGGAGGAUCGGCAGCUCUGCUUCCACCCCGAAGGAAUGGCAUCCAAACAUCCCGAUCCCAUCGGAUCUGUGCUUCCACCCCACGGACAAGAAGAAAAUCUUCGGUUUUUUUCAGAGGAAGCACAGUCUCUUCAGGAAUUCUCUCUGCCUCAGUUUCCCCCCACGCUCUGGAGAGCCCCUCCCGUGGAUCCUUCUGGCCUUCCUCACGGAUCGGAGCCGCUCCAGCGGCCUCAUCCCACCCUAAUUAAACAACCACCAGGAUUAAACAGCCAUUAGGCCUCCCCGCUCGCAAAAGCGAGCAUUUCCAGCCGCCCGAAGCUCCAUUUAAAUGCAAAUGUGGCGGGUUUAGCCCAGAACCGUGGAAAUGAGGAGCAUUCCCGUGGAAACGAGGAGCAAUUCCAGCCGCGGGGCCACCACCAGCUCCGCUCGGUGCCACCCCGGCAGCGCUGGGAUGUCCCCAGGCAGCGGCUGGGACAGGAACGCCGGGCUGGGUGGGCCCGCAUCCCAAGCCCACCCCAAUUCGGGAUGCUCUGGAAAGAACCCCUGGGAAAAGGGAUGGAUCUCCUGGCGUGGAUGGAUCUGCCAAAGGCUGGGACCUGCCGAGGGCCAGCACUAGAAGAAUCUGUCUAGAUGAGUGAGGGGAUCUGGGGGUUUCUCCCCAUUUUGGGGCAGAGCUGCCGCCUGUUUUCCUGAAUUCCUGCCAAAACGAGGCACACAAAAGGAUUCCAUCCCAUCAGCAGAACCAUCCGGGCUGCGCUGGACCCACCUUCCCCUCCCCAUCUCUCCCUGCAGGCAAUCCAGAGGACCCCGAUUCCCCCUUUCCCCCAUCCCGAUCCCGCUGUUCGAGGCGCCGGCAGUGAAUAAUGCGGGAGGAGGCUGGAGGGGAAAGGAGCGGCUCAGGUUGUUCCAUUAUUGAUGAGAGCUGACAGAUCCGCUCCUGACAGCCUUCCGAGGAGAUCUGAUUAGCUCGGAAAAAAACCACCGAAACCGCAGCGCCUUCGCGAGGGGCUGACGGCAGCCGAAAACCCCAAAGGAGCGGCGUUAUCGACGUUCCCGAAUUCCAGGGGACUUUGAAACAGGUUCGAGCAGAUUGGGAAGAGGCAAUUACGCUCAAUUAGAGUCACAAGCGCCGAGACGUCAGCGCUGCUUCUCCCGCUCCCCUCACACCGCAGGCAGGGAUAAACGGGGUUUAUCCAGCGGAACCCGUGGAUUCUUUGGGAUAGCAGGAACCGGGGGUGCUCCGGCCCUGCAGGAAAGUCAGCGGGAGCUUCGCUCGGCGCCUCCCCCGCCUCCCCCCUCAUUGCCGGCUGGGGUCACGGGGCUGCCGAGCCCAUGAAUAAUUCAUCCUCCUCCUCCCCGGCUCCCAAGCGCCGGGAUCUUUGUAGAUCCAGCCGCGGGAUGAAAGCCCCGGCAGGAGCGGUGAAGGGCCCGGGAGGUCGCGGCUGCCAGACCCUUUCCCAAUUAGCUGAGCCCUGGAACGCGUGCCCAGACUCCACACGCGGCCUUCCUCCCUCAGCUCCGGCACCGCCCGGCCUUCCAGGCAGGAGAAAUUCCCCUUUUCCCAAGGUUUUGGCCAAAUCGAGCGCCCCCGGGAUGGAUUUUGGGGCUCUGUCCCCCGCAGGAUGGAGGGGAGGCUGGGUGGGCUUGGCUGGCGCUGUUUUGGAUGCAUGAAAUCACCCGUGCUCCAAAACCCAGCUUUUAAGCGAAAUAGCUUCGUUCCCCCAAGCUCCCCUGCGCUGCAUUUCCCUGCACAAGGGGACAGCAUCCCAAACAUUCCCUUAAAUAGCCUAAAUUCCUCAAUACCCUAAAUUAAUCCUAAAUAAAAUAUCCUAAAUAUCCUCCAUUGGUGGAUCCGUGUUCCCAGCAGGGAUGCGCACAGGGAUCCCCGAGUGCCAAACCAUCCGGGGGGGUCAUUCCUGUGCUCCUUUUCCAUCCUCUUCAGGGAUAUAAAAACACUCUCAGUGCUUAGGACACGAUCCUCCAGCUAGAGGGUCAGGGGACCCAGCCCUAUCCCCUGCACCACGGGAAUUUCAGCCUUCCCGGGAAUUUCAGCAUCCCAGCCUGGGCAGGGGGACACCUCAACACUCAGGGGUGCCAGGGAAGGUGGAGAAUCUGCCCCGAGGGAGUUCAGAUGUUCCAUCCCAUCCCAAAAUCUCGGGAAGAGGCCGGUGGGAUGAGGUUUGGGAAGUUCAGGACACCGGGAAUGAAUUCCUGAGCUCCCACCUCCCACUGGAGAGCCCUGGCGAGGCCCCCUCCCACCGCAGCCGCCCCCACAUCCCCCGAGCUCAUCCCUGAGGAAAAUCCCACCGGGCUGGGAUGGAGCCAGCAGGGAGCGGGUCCCUGAGUGAAAACAGGAGCUUCCACCCGCCCCCGUUUGGCUCUUUGCUCCCUCGUUCUUUUCCGCCUCUCUCGGGUGCUCCCCUGGCUCGGAUCCCUCUGAGCUGCGCUCCCUCGGCAGCGCUGCCAUUCCCCCGGCUCCCGCCUUCCCCCCACCCUGGUCCCGCUUUUGUUGUCUUGGGAACGAGAAUUGCCCGAAAUCUUCGGAAUCCAGGCCAGGAGCAGAUCCACCACCAGCACCUUCCCGGGGGCAGAACGCAGCCCUGCCGUGCCUCAGUUUCCCCGCGGUGACUCCGAUCCCUGCAGCAUCCCUCAGGAAUGACAACUCCCACCCCCUCCCGUCCCGAAUUUCUCCCUGCCUUUAUUCCUUCCUUCACUCCUCUCCUCGUGCCCACAGCUGAACCCCAGCCCCGAUUCCCUGCCCAGCUCCCGGAUUUUCCCCCUUCCCGACGCCCCCAGCUCCUUUUCCACCCGCUCCUCCUUCCCCGCCACUCCCACGGCGGCCUCCGAGCGACCCCACAGGCUCCGGGGCUCUCUCCCGUCAGCCCUCCUUAGGCAGCGCGCGGCAAACGGGGGCCGCUGAAUUAAUUAAUCACUGAAUUAAUUAAUCACUGAAUCAGCCGCUGAAUUCGUCCCCCGGCCGUGCCGCGGAGCAGCUGCUCGGCACCAGCCCAAAGGGCUCCGCUGCCGCUCCCUCCCUUUUCCGGGAGCACCGAGGGAUGAGCAGCCUUCGCCGGGCACAACAACUUUUCCCUUUUUCCUCUUUUUUCAUUGCGUGACCCUUUUUAAAACACCACAGAGGAGCAGCGGCUCCCCGGGAUGUUUUUCCUGCCUCGUGCCCUUCCCGGAGCCUCUUUCUCCGUUUCCCAGGCCAACAGAGCCGGCCCUGGGCUGCACCUUUCCCUGGAGCCCAGCCCAUCCCAAACACCCGCGGCUCCUCCGGAAGCCUCCUGCCAGCUCUGCCCGCUCAAAGUCACCUUGUCCCAGCCCGCCGCGCUCCGGCCUCUCCCGGCAAAUCAUUAAUCGCCUCCUCGGCAUUCCCGCAUGGAAAAAUGCCCCAGCGGGUGCCCCCGGCCUGGCACUCGGACAUGCAGCUGCCCGGGAAGCUGCUCCUGUCGGCGGCCGCGCUGCUGCUCCUGUCCCUGGCCUUCAGGUUUUGUAGGAACCGCUCGCCUCCCCCGGGAAAAACCCCGCCGGGAGAGCAGCGGGAAAACCGGGAUGGGGAUGGGGCUCUGAGGAGGAGGAGGAGGGAUGGGGGGCACAAAUCUGGGAACGGCCCCGGGAUGCAGCACGAGGCUCUCCGGGGGGAGCAGAGCUUCCCAAGCAAUGAGGAGGAGGAAGGAGAGGAGGGGGGUUCGGAGCGGAUUCCCAGGAAAGCCCCGCUCGGUCCGGCCAGGAUGGAAAGGGAGCUGGGAAGGAAACCGGGAUGGAAGUUGGGAAUUGAAUCAGAAAGUGAAGCAGGGGCUGAGCUGGGGAGUGAUCCCGGGAGCAGGAGGGGAAGCGAGCCGGGAAAAGAGCUGGCAAGUCAGCCAGGAAGCGAGUCGGGAAGCAGGCUGGGAACCAAGCCGGGAAACAAUCCAGGAAGAAAGCCAGGAAGUGAGCCAGGAAGCAAAUUGAUAACGAAGCCAGGAAAUGAGUCGGGAAGUGAGCAGGCAAACGAGCUGAGAAACAAGCUGGGAAGUAAAUUGGGAAUUAAGUCAGGAAUCGAGCUGGGAAGCGAACCGGGAAGCAAGCUGGAAAGUAAGGCAGGAAUUGAGCUGGGAAGUGAGCUGGGAAGUGAACCAGAAAGCAAGCUGGGAAGUGAGCUGAGAAGCAAGGCAGAAAUUUUGCUGGGAGAUGAGCCGGGAAUUUUGCUGGGAAGCGAUCUUGGAAGCAAGGCAGGAGUCGAGCUGGGAAGUGACCUGGGCUCUCACGACCCCGGGGCCGCGGCCGGAGCCCGGGGCAGCCCCGCAGGGAGGGACGCAGCCGCCCCGAGCUCCGGGCGUUCCCCAGGGAUUCCCGAUGCCCGGACAGAGGGGGACGGAUGCGCCCAGAGCACGGAGCGGGAUCCGGCUGGAGCAGGGAGGAGCAGGGAGGGCAGCACGGGGACAGUCCGGACCCUCAGCGUCACCUCCAGCCUGGGGCUGCUGCUGACGGCGAGCGAGGCGAGCUCGGACACUUCCUACUGCUUCUCCUCGGUGGCCAAGAUCCAGGUGGAGGAGAACUUCAUCCCGGAGCGCCAGGACAAGGACAGGGACAGCCCGCCCAGGCCUGGCCUGCGGGGCAAAGUCUACGACUACUUCGUGCAGUCCACCUCCGAGGCGGUGUCCAGGCGGACGUCCCUGCCCUUCGUCCCUGCGGGGACAUCCCAGCGCCACGGGGAGCGCGGCCAGGCAGAGCCGCGGAGCUCCGGAACCCAGCGGGAGAAUCCAGCUUCGGAAAUUCCUGAUCCCGACACCGCCUCAGCUCCACGGGAGGGCACGGAGAGCCCCCCCGAGCCACCUUCUCCCGGCUGGAAGAGCAGCACCCCGGGGGUGGCCCCCCAGCUCCCGCUGCCCGGUGGGGCUCCAGCUGCGGGUGCCGAGCCAUCCGCGGUGUGCCCGCCCGGCCAGGUGCACCUGGGGAACUGCUCCGAGGUCCUGCGGGCGGCCAAGGCGCAGCGGCUGCGGGCCCUGCAGGACGCCGCGCUCCGGGUGAUGAGCGCCCACCUCCUGCAGGUGCUGCGCUCCCCGGCCAUCUACGGCCGCCUCAACGCCGGCGAGCGGGAGCUGCUGCCGGCGCUCCGGAGCCGCGGGCGGCCGCGCCUGGUGGUGGCCGACGUCCCCCCGGCCGAGCCCGGCCACCGCCGCGGCCGCCUCUGCUACUACGACGAGGACGGGGACCGCUGGUGCCAGCUGUGCCAGCUGCCGGCCGAGGUGGCCGGGCGGGGCUGCGCCGUGUGCCCCCUGUUCAAUUACCUGUUCGUGGUGCCCGGCUGGGAGGGCGCGGGCCGGGCGCGGAGCCCCUCGCGCCGCGUGCUCUGCUACGACCCCCUGGGCGACAGCUGGCGCGACGUCUGUCCCCUGAGCCAGCCGCGGCCGCACUGCCAGCUGGUGGCCCUGGACGGCCACCUCUACGCCAUCGGGGGCGAGUGCUUGGCCACCGUGGAGCGCUACGACCCCCGGCGCGACCGCUGGGCCUUCGCCGCCGCCCUGCCCAGGGACACCUUCGCCGCGGCCCACGCGGCCACCGCCUGCGACGGGGACAUUUACAUCACCGGCGGCACCCUGCGCUCGCUGCUGCUGCGCUACGACGCCCGCGGGGACAGCUGGGCCGCCAGCCCGGCCGUCGGCGACAAGGACAGGACGGCCGAGCUGGUGAGCGCCCACGGGUUCCUGUACCGCUUCCAGCUGCGGCGCGGCGCCGGCGGCGCCGAGGUGGCCGUGUCGCGGUGCAGCGCCAGCGCCAGGCUGUGGUACCGCUGCGGCAGCCACCCCCUGCCCGAGCCGGCCGGGCUGCGCUGCGCCGCCCUGCGCGGCCUCGUCCACUGCCUCGGCCGCGGCUUCCACCUCCGCUUCCUGGCCGACCCCGCCUCGCCGCGCUUCGGGACCAAGGAGCUGCGACCCUUCCCGGAGCCCCACGGGAGCCUCCUGCCCGCGGUCCUGGUGCUGCCCGAGGGGGGCACGGAGCCACCCCGGCCCUGAGGGGUCCCCAAGGAGCGGGGGCAGCCAGAGAAAGAGCUCCCAGCCCGAGCUGUGCUAUCCAAGCUCUCCGUGGACCCGACUUUUUCCCACUGCCCGGGCUG